AUGGCGGACGUUGAGAUUCCCCAGAACUGCAUUGCGGGAUGCGUCGAAGAUGCCGGCCAGUCCUUUCGAUUGAUUCUCGAUCAUGUCCCUGUACCCCGACCAGGCCCUGAUGAGAUCUUGUUAAAGCUGGACGCCUCGGGAAUUUGUUAUUCCGACAUACACUACAUGCUGGAAGAUCUGCCAACCCCAAGGUUGGCCGAUUACGGUCUGAGGUCCCCGGGACACGAAGGAAUUGGCUCAGUCGUCAGCCUGGGGAGCAAUGUCAAGGACUGGAAGAUAGGGGACAGAGGAGGAGUCAAGCCAAUUUGGGAUGCGUGCAUGAAUUGCGAGUUGUGCUGGGAUGGGAGAGAGGCUUAUUGUCCCAAGGCAAUUCAUACGGGAUGCAUGAAGACUGGGACAUAUCAGCAGUAUAUCCUGUCCCCUGCAAAGUACACAACCCGGAUUCCUCCCGAGCUCAAGUCCGCAGAGGCUGCGCCGCUCAUGUGUGCGGGUUCCACCAUGUAUCGGAGUAUCCAGGAGUCAGGACUCAAACCUCAGCAGUGGGCCUGCAUCUUAGGUGCGGGCGGAGGCGUGGGUCACCUUGGUAUUCAGAUCGCCAAAGCCAUGGGCCUCCGGGUGAUCGGCAUUGAUGGCGGUCCAGAAAAAGAGAAAAUGUGCAUGAAGUUAGGCUGCCAUGCCUUCGUUGACUUCUCGAAGGUUCAGAAUAUCCCAGAGGAAGUGGUUAGACUCACCGAUGGAAAAGGAGCACACGGAGUCUUUGUGACGGCGACGAGCCCGAAAGCCUACACCAUGGGCAUAGAAAUGCUGCGAAUUGGCGGCGUUUUGAUGUGUGUCGGGUUGCCACCAUUCGGCACGGCGGUUGCUGGUGGAGAUCCGGCCCUGUUCAUUGGAAAGAAUAUACGUGUCACAGGCACCCAGGCUGGGUCGAUGAAAGACACUCAUGAUGUUCUUGAUUUGGCUGUCAGGGUCAGUUGGUCUCUCUCUCUUUCUCCCCGGAUCAUCAACUGA